AUGUCACACAGCCAUCCUGAUCCAAGCUUGAAGGACUCUAUGAACUCUCAAUUGAGUCUUCUUAAAGAGCCUUUGGAGAUAGAUGAGUCGAUUUCGGAGAUAUUGUCCAGUCAAGCUCGUGACAAAGACAUCGCCGAGAUAACCAACUCUCAGCUUCAAGAUGUACUCAACCGAGUCAACAAGUCUUUGAGCAUUCAAUAUGAAGAGAGAUAUACAGAACGGAAAGAUAUUGGGGCCGCAAAAAGUGCGACAACUUUUGAAUCCGAAAAGUUCCACACCAUCGACCAAUGUAUUUUCAAAGUGUAUAAUCAACUACAAUCUUUUGAUUUAUCAAAUUACCACGAUUUACCGUCAUAUGAAAAGAGGGAAAUGCUUCAAAAGUUGAGUGAAUUGUUGGCGGAUCUACCUGUGCCGAAGCAUCUCCGUUUAGCGGAUGCUCAAUUGUUGGAAAAAUACACCGAUAUCAGAACCAAACUUAUGGCCCUGAAUAGGUCAUUACGGUAUCAUUUUGAUAAAUUGCAAUACCUACAGAGAUUGAACAGUACAUUUGAAGAAACCUUUGGAACAGGGGGUCUGGAAUCAAACACAACCACUGACAAUCUAGACAACUUGCAGGACCAAAUUCACAAGUUCAAGCUACUUGUUGAAAGAAUUGCAUACAAGUCAAGUAUGAAUGACCUACAUAGUUUUUAA